AUUAAAGUAGGCAACGCACAGUUUCAGAGACGCAGGCUUUGUGUGUGUGUGAUAGAGAGUACUCGAUACUGAAGCAUCCAUGUACUUGUAAUUGCGUCUCGACGAUUUUAGCCACGAUUUCAGAUUCCAGAAUAAAUUCCAACCCACACGGCUUGCUUUUUCUUUCGUCAAUCUCAUCGCUCGCGGCUCGCAUCGCAAACCCUAAAUCAUGUCGGGCGGGUUUUUCAGGGGCACGUCUGCCGACCAGGAUACGAGGUUUUCCAAUAAGCAAGCCAAGCUUAUGAAAUCGCAGAAAUUCGCACCCGAAUUGGAGCAUCUGGUGGACAUGGGGAAGGUGAAUAUGGAUGUUCUCCGUCCAUGGAUUGCGAAAAGAGUGACUGAGCUUCUCGGGUUCGAAGAUGAAGUACUUAUCAACUUCAUCUAUGGUCUUUUGGAUGUCAAGAUGGUGAAUGGAAAGGAGAUACAAAUUUCGCUGACUGGAUUUAUGGAGAAAAAUACAGUGAAGUUUAUGAAAGAGCUCUGGACACAUCUUCUCAGUGCACAGAACAAUGCCAGUGGUGUUCCUCAACAAUUCUUGGAUGAGAAACAAGAGGAAGCGCGAAAAAAGAAGGAGGAGGCAGAUGCAAUUGAAACUCAGAGAAAGAAAGAUAAGGAGUUGCUUGAACAAGAGAGAUCAAGGAGGAUGGAAGGAGGGGUUGAUAAAAGAUCAAGCAAUGCUAGUCGUGUGUUGCCUAGGGCUCCAAAUGAACUUCCUGAUGAAAGAGCCGACACUAGGAAUGGUGUGACAGCAAGGGACAGGGUUCCUACACCAGAUUCAGGAGAUUCUGAUUCAUCUUUGUCCCCUAGGUUUGGUUUAAGAGACGGGUCAAGAAGUGUAUCCGCGUCACCUAAAGCACGGGGACGGUCGAGUUCUCCCGAAAGAGGAAGGGCUUAUCGCUCCCCUCAAAGACGGCCAAAUGCAUCUAGUAGGCGGUCACCUGAGGGAUCACUCUCCCCAAGAAAUAGAUCACCUAAUUCCAGACGAGGAUCAAGAUCGAAUUCACCGCACAGAUCACGCUCUCCUGUAUCACGUCGAGUUCGUUCUCCCUAUCAGCGUAGAUCACGUUCUCCUGGACGUCGCAGGUCACCUCUGCCUUUCCGAAGCCGUAGAUCACCAUCACCAUUUCGAGGUCGUAGAUCACCAUCACCAUUUCGAGGUCGUAGAUCACCUUAUCGGCGCCGAAGAUCGCCCUCACCUCCCCGCCGCCGCAGAUUGCCCUCACCUGUUCGUAAUCGAAGAUCACCAUCUCCUUUCCGGCGUCGCAGGUCACCAUCCCCUCUGCGGCGACGGAGGUCACCUAUUAUCCGCCGUCGUAGGUCCCCCUCACCUGCACGUCGUAGAUCACCUUCACCUGUUCAACCAUCAUAUCGAAGAUCUCCACGGAACAGGUAUGCAUCUCCAGCACAACGGAGGUCUCCACUUCGUAGCAGCAGGAGAUCCCCACCUGGUCGACGUAGGUCUCCUUCAUCUUCUGAUAGAAGUUCUGGAUCUCCGAUUCGGCGCGAUUCCCCUUCACCAAUAAGGAAAACAACAAAGCAACAGCGGUCUCCCCUGCAAUCCCAAGAAAGAACAAGGUCCGUGAAGAACCUGUCUCCAGCACCACAACAAUCCUCUGGUUCUGAGGGGUCACUGCCGAGGGAAUCAAAUGGGAAUGGUUACCGCAAAAGAGUUCCUUCUUUGUCUCCAUCACCAGAGAAGUCUCCUCAAAAGUCAGAAUCCCCACUGCGUGCAAGGAGUGGGAGGGGAAAGAGGAGAUUAUCCAGUCCAUCUGAACCAAAGGAGAAAAUUGCUCGUUAUGGUAGCUCAAGUCCUUCGAGGAAACCAAGAGAACAAAAACUUUGUCGCGACAGUCCCAAAGAAAGUGAAGAAGAGGAGAAUGCAGAUCACAGACCCAAGUCCAUGGAGAGAAGGUCCAGAGAUACAUCACGGAUCAGUAAGCAGAUCAUUUCUCCUGCUAAGAUUCCUAGUAAGGAAUAUUACUCUCCUGAAAGAGUAGUAUCUGGUCAAAGGUUUACUGAGUCUCGAAGCCAUUUGGAUGAUAUUGAAAACAAACAUAAAGAGGAGGAGAUGAAGAGUGGAAAAUCCUCUGGGAGGGGUUCAAAGGUACCAAUUGUCAAUAAAGAGACUCUGCCAGGUGAGGCACAACGGGCAUCAAAUCCUGGUGAAGUGAAAAAAGCUGAUGAGAAGAAUCGCUCUCAUUCAAGGGGUACCAGGGACGUUGAACAACAUAGUAAAUCUGGAUCUUUACAAUCAUCUCUUGAAGUUAUUGAUCAUAGUAACCAGAGUGGCGGUUUAAAUUCUGGUUCUGAGAACAGUGACAAAGGCAGAAGCGGUGACAAGGAAAAGAGAAAGAACAAGAGGUCAGAGAGGCAAGAAGUGUCUUCAGAUGAUGAUUACAGUGAUGAUUCUGCAAUAGAGGACAGGAAGGAGGCUAAGAAGAGGAGGAAAGAAGAAAAGAAGUUGCGGAAGGAGAAGAAGCGUCGGAGGCGUGAGGAGCGUCGACGCAGAAGGGAAGAACGUCGUGCUGAGAAACAAAAAGUGAAGAAUUCCAGUGAUGCUUCUGGUUCAGAUGGUGAACACACUGGAAGGGGGUUUCAUUCAAGUGACAAUGAAGACAAGGCUGUUCAGAAGAAACUUGAGAUUGAAUUGCGCAAGAAGGCUCUCGAAUCACUCAAAGCAAAGAAGGGCAUCAGUCAAUAAAUUUGUUAAUUUUGAAAUAUGCUCAUGUUAUUUUGAUCUUUUAAAUCCUUUAAAGUAGUAACAUUUCAGAUUUUUGAGUAAUAUAUUUUCGUUGAAUGCUGUUUCUAUGUUUUUAUUAUUGUUUGAUGUAGUCUGUGUUUACUGCUGGCAGCUUACAUAAAUGAGGAUUUCCUGAGCUAUUCUCUUGA